AAAUUCCAUCUCACCAUUUAUUUUGCUUUCACUCUCUUAAGCCACAUAAACUACUCCCUUCAUUUCUUCUUCGUUCUCCCCAUUCUUUCAGCAACUCACUUGGAACACCUUCAAUAAUGGCUCAAUUGUUAUCUCCGGUUUGCACAGAUCCGAUUCAAUUUCAAAACGGAUUGAGCACUUUGUGUCCAAGAAGCAACAGAUGUCGGAUGUUGGCGACCAACAAUAGUGUAAGGUGGAAUGGAAUUGGUCAUGGUGGGAGGAGGAGAAGAGGAUUUAGCAGAGUGAAAGUCGCCACUGAUCCGUUUCCGUCUUCGUCAGGUGCUCUGGCAGAUGAUUACUAUGCUGUUUUAGGACUGCUUCCAGAUGCUACUCCAGAGCAAAUCAAGAAAGCCUAUUAUAAUUGCAUGAAAUCAUGUCAUCCCGACUUGAGUGGCAAUGAUCCAGAGACUACAAACUUUUGCAUUUUCAUUAACGAGGUUUAUGAGGUUCUCAGCGAUCCAGCUCAGCGGAUGGUAUAUGAUGAAAUUCAUGGAUAUGCUUUGACUGCAAUAAAUCCUUUUCUUGAUGAUACCUGUCCAAGGGAUCAUGUAUUUGUUGAUGAAUUUAGCUGUAUAGGCUGCAAAAAUUGUGCCAAUGUCGCCUCAGACGUCUUCUCUAUAGAGGAGGACUUUGGUAGAGCCCGAGCAUGUAACCAGCAUGGAAACCCUGACUUGGUUCAACAAGCCAUUGAGAGUUGCCCUGUUGAUUGCAUUCAUUGGACUUCUGCUGCACAACUAUCUUUGCUUGAAGAUGAAAUGCGGAGGGUAGAAAGAGUGAAUGUUGCCCUGAUGCUUGCAGGAAUGGGUUCAUCCGCAGAUGUUUUUAGAAUGGCAAGCACUCGAUGGGAAAAGAGACAAAAUAAAGUCCUGGAACAAGCUAAAAUAAGAAUGAUGAAAUCGAAAGGUUCUAAUGACAAAGCUGAACCUUACUGGAGCGACCUUUGGGGCAAUGGUAAAAAUCGUCAAAGUACAGAAGAGGAAGUGAAAGAGAGAGCAAGCAGAGCAGCAGCAGCUGCACGAAGAUGGAGGGAGUACUCAAGACGAGGUGUAGACAAACCUGCCAGUUAUAAACUACCCGACACUGUCUCCAAGAGCGAAACAUGAAGUGUAAGUCGCUGAUGCCAUCUUGUAUGUAUACGGUGAAAAGUCAUGAUGCUUCGUGUUGAAAAUGAACCGUGCAGGUAUGCCCCAACUUUGUCUGUGAUGCAUGCAAGUUGUAUAUGCAUUUCCUGCGUCACCGAAAGUAUCUGUAUAUGCAUUAGUUGUAUAGAUAACUGAAUGAUUAAGAUAUAGUAUCGUGUAUAUGGUGUUUUUUCUUUUAUUUCAAUGUUAAAGGGUGGAACGUCUA